UUUCGGCCUUCAGAAACAUAGCUUCACACAGAGACCACUCUCUUUCCCUCGUUCUCUCUGAGCUUUCUGCACUGCUCACAAUCUCCAUGGCUCGCCUGAGCGCUUUGGCUUUCGUUUUCUUGAUGGUAUUUGCCAUGGUCGUGUCUACCUUAGAAGGCAGAAGGCUUCUGGACACUAAUGAGUACGAGUUCAAGAAGAAAGCUACGUCGAAUUCGUUGGAUAAAUCUCUGUUCAUGAGUGCCCUUCCUAAGGGUACGGUGCCGGCUUCUACCCCAAGUAAGAAGGGUCAUACCUUCGUCAUCGACGAGAAGCUUAUUGCUCGGAGGCAUCUGGUUGGCCACGAUCGGUUUCUACAGUCUGUUCCCAGCCCUGGUGUCGGCAAUUAGUACUAUACAUUUCCAGCCGGUCUUAUAAACCGUAUUUUUUCAUUAAUUUGUUUUUAUUAUUCUCUACAAUUUUGGGGUCUCUAUAGCCUUUCUUUAGUGUUGAGUUUAGAUGACAACUUCAGUGCAGUGUUUGACUGCAAUGUAUAGAGUACGUAUAGACAGUGUAGUAGUCAUUUUUCUUUUAUCUCCAAUUCGAUCUAGGGAUCCAAAUUGUAACUCGCAUCCCCUCAGAAUAUUAAAGACAACUUACAUGCAAAUAUGUAGCCAAGUUUAAACUCUAUUGUUCUUCGAUCUUCA